UGAUACAUUUACGACAAAGAAAAAGUGCUUCCUCACUUUUCAAUUUUCCUUCUCUCCUUAAUCAAAAAUCUCUUCUCGGCAAAAAAAAAAAGAAAAGAACAGAAAAACAAUAAAGAGGAAUAUGCAUACUAACCGGAGAUCAUCGGGUCGCAUCACGUCAGCAGCAACUCAACGCCGGCUAAAACCGGAGCCAGAACCGACGGUGAAGAAAUUCAUCAAGGUUAUUCUCCUCAAAACAAUCAAGGAAAAAAUGAUGAAAGUUCCGGCUAGAUUUGUGAGGUUUGGUCCUAAACUCACUGACAAUGUGACUCUCGAGACUCCUGUUGGUUUCAAGUGUUCGAUUCGGAUUAGAAGAAUUGGUGAUGAGGUUUGGUUUGAGAAAGGUUGGAGUGAGUUUGCAGAGGCUCAUUUUUUAAGUGAUGGUCAUUUUCUGUUUUUUCAUUACAAAGGGGAUUCAUGUUUUCGUGUUGUGAUCUUUGAUGUGUCUGCUUCUGAGAUUGACUAUCCAUUGGACAAAGUUUAUGUCAUUGAGAGUGAUGCUGAUGAUGAUGAUAAAGAAGAAGUGAUGGCAGUUAUGAAUGAUAAUGAACAAGGGUUUACCGGAUUUGAAACUAGUGAUGAUGAUGGCGUUAUUGAUUUGGAUGAUUUUGUUUAAGAAAAAGAAACCAAGAGUCAACAUUAAGUCUUACAAUACUUGGUAAAAAAAAUUAAGACAUUUUUAAGAAGGAUUUUGUGGGUCAUGUUUGCAUCUUUUAUGUGAUUUCUUGUUCUCCUUCUUUGUUGUAGAUGAUGUUGAAGAGAUUGAUCAAAUGAGGCUAAAGAAGGAAGAUUAGAGAGUCUUGAGGAGUAGAAGAAGGUUUUUUCGACAAAGAUCUGUGGUUUCUAGCUCGUUAAAGUUUAGCUUUCGAUUUCGUUUUUAGUUUGUGUAAUGUGUAGUGGAAAUUCUUGUCAAGUCUCAAUCAGGCAAGAACUUUAGCUUUUGUAGUAAGAACUUUUCUAACUUGAGACUUGUGAGAUCCUUUUGUCAAUUUGUGUGAUGUAUGUGUAUGUAAAAAUGCUUGUUCUGUCUGAAAUUUAGCAAAAACAAUUUCUUACUCAAAGAAGAGAAAUCCUAGCUUUGGUGAAAUGAUUCUACAAGUUUUUACCAAUAAUAUAUGUAUUUUUUUCA